GGGACAGCUUCUUAGAAUACUUUGCACCGGUAUACAAGAAGGCCGACGAGAAGCCAGAGCCCACAUCUCACGACCCUUUAACUCAGGCAACAAGAAAACACUGGUGAGGCAUUUGAAUCUAGCACGACGGCGGAGCAAACCAAAAAAAUGGUGUACAGGUGUCCAACUUGUCCCUAUGUGAAUGCCAGCUACCACGGCACUCUCACUCACUGCCAAAUGAAGCAUCCAGACAUCAUAGCCAGGGCAGAUGAACUUCAAACGGAUGUAGUGCUUGUGAACAACAUGGUGGGCUGUACCAUUGGCUCAGGUUUUAAUGAGAGAGGGUACAUAUGUAAAAUGUGCCCACAAAUCUUUGCAUCAUUGAGGAAACUGAAAGUCCACCAUGUGACGGACCACGAUGGUGCCGAGCCCAGAGCUUCUGAACGACCUGAUCACGGCUCUCAUGGCUCAGAGUUGAUGGAUUUAAAAAACAAUGCAGCAGUGAGCGCCACAGAAAUGGGCUUCAGCCGCGACCUCGACACUCCGAAGACGUGUGAAUCCAGCAUACCGUACAAGUGCCACAUGUGUUCCUACAAAGCAUACUAUCGAAGAUACCUGCAAUGUCACUACAAAAAUACUCACAAAUUGGAUGCUCCUGUCACACGCAAGCUUCUCGAGAAUUAUGGCAAAUAUAAACUCAACAAUGCCAGCCAACUGCCUGGAGCUGAAUGUGAGGAAGGUGCAACCCUCACAUGUAAGAAGUGUCCGGAGUUGAUGUUUGAAUCAACUCAGCUGCUUGUUGCCCACUAUGCUACGUGUCAUAGCUCAAAAUGCAUUGACUUCACUGUGUUAUCACAAGGAUCAAAGAAGGGUAGCACAGGUCUUUACAGGUGUGUCCACUGCAACAAACAAAUGAAUGGGAUUAGAAAGCUGUGGUAUCACCUGGAUUGCCACAGAGAGAGGGACAUAAAGAGGGCAAACGCCGCGAUGACAACGGCAUCACCUGUCAUUACGACAACACCAGAGGCCAAAUCCGUCAAACUCGGUAGGCAAGAUGAGCUUCUCAUGUUAGAAAGUGUUGAGGAACUGUCCCAGUGGAACGUGGCGCCAGUACAGACCUUCACUUUGCCGCUGAGUCCUCUGUCGUCACCUUCAAAUCCAGCUGAUGAAGAGCAACCACAGCUGAAAUCGAGAGAACACACUUGCAGACAGUGUCGGCGGACAUUCAUGUCACUGAAAGGUUUGCGUUCGCAUGAGCGCAGCCAUGCAGCCGUGGCAGCCAUCAAGAAGCUGGACAACCUGCCUACCUCAGUUUUAAAACACGACAUUAACAAAUACGUCCUGUACAAAAUCGGGACUAUAAAGCCCUUCCUGUGUAGUUUCUGCUCCUAUCGGACGACCGUCAUGGGCCUGUGGAGGAGCCAUUUUAUGAAAACGCAUAAAGAUGACAUUGCGGAUCCUGAUGAGACUGACAACCAAGAUGAGCAGAGGGCCGACAAGGAGCCUUUAAGUUCAUCAGAGGAAUUGAACUAUUGCAUUGAACCUGAAAUUACUGAAAAGUCGCUGUACUUAGAGCCCCCAGAUGUGCAGCGGCAGUUGAACCAUUAUAGCUUUAUGGCACAGGCUGAUGCUCUGACGAAAACUAAUAGGCAAGAAUCCACAUUACCUGAUGACUGUCUUCUUCACUGUGAGUUCUGCAAUUUCAACACUGGACACCUGUCUAGUAUGCGACGACACUACCUAAAUCGCCAUGGAAAGAAGAUCUUCAGGUGUAAGGACUGCAGCUUUUUCUCUGGUUUAAGGAAAACCCUGGAGAUGCACAUGAAGACGGGUCACUCGACAUGCCAGUCAGAACCGAGUCAUCAAAAAGACCUCCGCUGCCCUUUCUGCCUCUACCAGACCAAGAACAAGAAUAACAUGAUCGAUCACAUCGUCUUGCACCGUGAGGAACGCGUUGUGCCAAUAGAGAUACGUCGCUCGAAGCUAUCGCGGUGCCUUCAAGGCAUCGUCUUCCGCUGUCACAAAUGCACUUUCACGAGUGGAAGUUCUGAAAACCUGCGUAUGCACAUGACCAAGCACGAUGACAUCAAACCCUACAAGUGUCGGCUGUGCUACUUCGACUGCACUCGGCUGAGCGACUUGGAGGCACACCUGAGUGAUAAGCAUCAGGUAGUGAGGAAUCAUGAGCUUGUGGGUCAGGUCAGCCUCCAUCAGCUACAGGCGAGGGUUGGUACGAUGCCAGAACAGGAAGAAGAACCGUCUUCUAACUUUGAGCAGCACAACAACGACAGCGAGGAUGUAGAAACAGAUGAGUUUGUUACCGACUGUAAUGAAGCUCCACAUAAGACACAAGCUAAGGACCCGGCAGAAAAUCCCACGAGGGAGGACAUUACACUACAGACCGAGGAAGCAGGUCCGAAGCAAUGGGAGGACGGCAAGUAUAAAAAAAGCUCUGCCAAGAGCUUUGUGUCGGUCCUUCAGUAUGAGAAUGUAAAACCAAACCAAGAAAAGCAUGUGCAGGAUCCACAAGAACGAGCAGUUGUGUUUUUGCUGGCCCAACCCAAACUCAGAGACAAUGAGGACAGCAGCAAUACAUUCAGAAAACAAAAAGAUGCGGAAGCAGAGGGAAGCUCAACAACAUGUGUCAAAAUAGCUGAAAAAGCACAGGCCCCUAAUCCACAUGAUAAAGCAUCUCAGCAUAAAAGAUUGGACAUCAAUGCUUGGGUAGAAGAAAAUACACUACAUCAUAUCCAUAAGACGCACAUGAAUGCAGAUCCGGAUACAAGAUUUAAGACUGAGAAGAACAUGGAGACUGAGGUUGUAGAUGAUGUUCGAAGUGAGAUGGUAUUGCUGGAUGAAGAGGGCAGCAUCCCUCUGGCACACGAGCCAGAACAUCUAGUUAAUAAGGAGGCUAUUUCAGCCCUUUCUAUUCUUUUGCCCAAGUGUGCACAACUUAAAUUAAGCCACAAAGAGAGCUCCGCCGUCUCGUUGCCAAACUGCAAUAAUGAGCAAGUGUACAAAAAGAUUGCGGAGGUAAGAGACCCUUACGAGGACAUGCCAGUACUAGAGAAGGAAUAUCUCAAAGAAGAAAUGCAGCCUCUUGGUUGUAAGGAGAAAGAUCAGAGUCAUCAUCUGGAGCAAAAGCAGGACAAAGAAGAUGAGAUGAUCACUGAAGACGACGAGAACCGAUGCACCAAUCAGAAACAUGAGGAGAGUGACGGGAGGAAGGAAGCUGCUAAUCCACUUGCGCCCGAAGAUGCACUCACAGUCCUGGAUGGAGCUGCUGAAGUCCUGUCCCCAGCAGCUACAGAGGAGAAGCCGUUUACCUGCGAGUUUUGUGGACGAAACCUCAUGAACAGCUCUGAACUGGAGCGUCACGUCAUGCGACAUCGAAUAUAACAUUUGUCUUUAUGUUGCGGACGGUAGCAAGCACUUCACACUUUUGAUGUUGUUGGUGGGAAGCUAGAUUUUGUAUUCAUGAACCGUCCUCCACCCUCUUACUGUACUGUGUAAAUCUGUAUAACCUGGUUAGAAUUAAAUUGUUCAUAUUUUAUUGAUUUUAACCCUUUUUCUAAUGAAAUGUUUUUAUGGUACCGCUGUUAAGCGUAGGAUUUAAUUUGUACGAUUCAGAAAAUAAACUUCAGAGCCAAGAGGGUGUCUGUUGUGUGACACGUUGUCAUUAAGAUCUUUUUUAGAUUUGUUUUGUUUAAAGACUAAUCCUCGUUUUUUACGUUUUGUAUUUCUGCUGUUUAUGUGAAGGAAGAUAUUAUUCAUUAAUACUGUAAAACAUGCAAAAAUAUUUACACUGAACUAUUGUUAUAUGGAUCAUCCAUGUUCAGUAAAGAACUACUAGACCAACCUUAAAACCACUGAUUGUGGUAAUGCCUGUGCUGCCUUCAGGUGCCGUUGGGUAUUUGACCAAUUGUUGCGUACUGUCACUUAACAAGUAAAUGUGUUCACCAAUAACGGUAUUGUGUUUGAUAUUCAAUAUAAAUAAUACAUUCUGUUUACUUUUUAACUCUUUUGUCCUACAUCGUUUCCUUUUUUUGUAAAUAAACAGUGUGAUUGCCACUCCUGAUU